GAUGUUAUUUAUUUGCAAUAACUGCUAAAAACUACGCAAAAAAUUAAUAGAAUAUGGGCCAAUUAAAUUAAAAAAAAAUCAGCUAGAUUCAACUCAUGAUGAGCCUAAAGAAAACCACAAAGGUGUUGUGCAAUAGUUGGAUAUUUGAAAAUCUUUAGUGAUUGGACAAUAAAUUCUAAAUACAAAAACUUAAUCUAAUUCUCAUUCUAACAAAAAAAUAACAACAUCAGCUAAAAUGAAUAAUUGAAAAGAUCAGCUCAUUUCAAUGUAUACUAUUAAAAUUAAACAUCCCAAUUAUAUAUUGAGUAAUAAUUGAUAGAUUAAAAUAUUUAGAGUGGAG